AUGUUCAAUUUUAAUAAGAGGAAAUUUAUAUAAAUGUUUGGCAUUCCUUAAGAUAAAUUUGUUAGUUUCUUAAAAGAGAUGGAAACUUAAUAGAAUAUUCUUAUCAUAAUUAUGAUCAUGGCAUUGAAGUAAUGCAAGCUGUACAUUAUAUUGUAAAAUAAUUAUUACAACAUUUAGGAGAUCACUUAUUCUAUAACAUAACUAGUUUUGGUUAUUGCUUUCUCAUUUAUUCAGCUCAUACUGGAAAUUAAAAUAGAAAUAUUAUAGCAAAAAAUAAAUGCAUAUGAAGCUUAUCACUGAGUACUUCGGCUAUCAGAAAUCAUGAU